UAAAAGGUUUUAUGUAAGAAAAAAAUGGCAGUACAUUGAUAUGAUCUUUUAAUUGUUUGACUUACAAAUGUUAGAGACUAAGAAAGUCUGCUGUGUGUUUAAAAUCUGAAUCCUAAGUCUUUUUUUUCUUAAAAUUUACAUCUAUCCCUCUAAACUAUAAAAAUUACUUAGGAAUAAAAAAUUGGAAUUAUUGUUACCUCUUGAUGGGUGUCUUGUGGACAUACCUCAUAUGAGCAGCGGAAUGGUUCCAUUUGCGGAAUUUUUAGGUCGCAUAGAUUGGACUUCAUUUUAUAAGCCGAUUGCGAAAUAUAAUGCAAGAGUAUGAGAACAAUCCCCAGCCAGGAUAUUACGGUCUCUGCCAUGGGGACUUCCACACCCGAAACAUGAUGUUUAAGCACAAUAAGGAAACUGGUUGCUUUGGGGAUUACAUGCUUGUUGAUUUCCAGGGAUGUUAUGUUGCUCCUCUAGCCCUGGACCUUAUUUAUUCCUAUAUGAUGAUGGGGCAAAAACAGCGCACAGACAAUUUUGAGAUCUCGUUGAACUGUUACUUUUCCGUCCUUCUGGAACCUCUUAGGAAGAUUGACUAUCUGGGAAAAUUGCCUACUCCCUUGGCUCUCUGGUCGGAAAUGAAACGCCUCAGGGAAAUUCCUAUUCUUGAGCACGCUCUUACCUGUGUCGACGGGUCUUAAUCUUAACAGCGAAGAAACUGGCGAAAAGCUAAAAGAAUUUA